GAAAGCCGGCUAAACCGUGGCACCUCCCUGCAAAAUACGUAGCUGUAGGUCACUGCUGUCUUUAGCAGCAGUAUUACUGUGCUGCAUGAGCAGCACCAGCUCAAGUUAUUUAGCAGCAGCUGUGGUCCUCCUUAGCUCGGCUCUCUGUUUUAGAAGAUGCUGCCGUUUUCAAGUGCUAAUGGAUGACUGCUUGUAUCUUACUGUAAUGUACUGACACAGAAAGAAUAUAACACGCAGAUUAAGAUGGCGCUACGGUUAUGGUAGAGCAAAACCUUACUUGAAAGCUGUAGAGUUUAAUGAAUUAUUUCUGGUUCUCUCAAAUGGAGUGGCAUAAUGGGGGUUUUCACAAGGUGGUUUGUCAAGUGCUGAUCAGACUCCCUUAAAGGAUUAACUAUUUCUGUCAAGCCUACCCUUCUGUCUUCAAGACCUUAGUUUUCCCAGAUGAAUUUAUACUGAAACAAACUGUGAAGAUCAGAGAAAUAAUCCUUACUGUAAUGUUAAGCAAAAGCAUCCAAGAGUCGUGGUCGUAAAGAAGAAUCAUGAAGGCUGUUCACUGGCACAAGGGUUAGGAAUUCUUGUCUUCUGUAUCAAGCAGAACAGAGGCACAGAAAACAGCAACCUCAAAAACACUGCAAAGAGAUAUUCACGUUCUAGUCUAGGCUUGCAUUGGGUGGAAAAAAGUGUUUACUAUCUCCCUAGUGGUUACAGUAAUAACCUUAAAAUUUAUGGUUGCAACCGUAUUUAGAUGUUAGGAUAGGAUUACUUAAAGCUUGGUAGAAUGUUUGUGGAGUAUAUGCAACUAUUCAGUCUGAUGAAGGAAUACUUGAAGAGUACCACUGAGUUAUCAAACUCUUGAUCAGUUUGGUAAUCAUACGCACCUAUGUUAGGAUUUUGAGGGUGGAUUUUCUUCUCUUUGGCCCCUCAUUGUUUUGUUUGUUUGGGUUUUCUUAAUUCUUAUUACUCUUUUACUUACAGUCUGUUCCCAGGAUUUUUAAUCCCUUAGAUCAAUGAAAAGGUAGAUUAGCUUAGCUAGUGUAUCAGAGGGGGAAAAAAUACAACAAGGCUUAUCUUGUUCAUGAUAGCACUGUUGUUAUGUGAGUGAUACAUAAGAAAUUAUUUAUUUUUAUGUUUCCAGGAAGGAAAUUCUUACCAUUGGCAGGAGGGAGGAAAUAAAAUAUUAUUCAUUGGGCUUUAAUGUUUAAAAUCCUGUUUAAUAGAAAAUGUUGUGCCGUCUCCAUUUUUGGAGGUUUUCUAUACCAGAACAUGGAUUCACAGAAGGAUGUUCAGCCUCCAAAGCAGCAGCCAAUGAUUUACAUCUGUGGAGAAUGUCAUACAGAAAAUGAAAUAAAGGCAAGAGAUCCUAUCAGAUGCAGAGAAUGUGGCUACAGAAUAAUGUACAAGAAGAGGACAAAAAGAUUGGUGGUUUUUGAUGCCCGAUGAUGUCUGCUGAAGAUAUAGUGACUUCAUGAUGCAGUUUAAUCUUUCUAAUAACUUUGCUCUGUAAAUCCAUUCAUGUACAAAUGGACGUUUUUAUUGUGUUUUAAGAGAUUGAAAUAUUAAAGUUUACUGUGAUACUAAA